AUGCCACCUCACAUGGAGGUGUCUCCAUAUCUCUGGCAGCUUCGAGGCUCGCUGUCUGCAUGCGUUCCGGUACUGCUGUUUAUAUCUUCCGUCGAGGGGACUGAGGUGCGAGCUGCCACCGGCAUCGAGGUCGUGAACGGCCUGGAGAUUCAUGCCGGUCAUGCCGCGCAUCACAUGACCGCCCUGACUCACCGCCUCCGACGGGGUGCCAGCCGCCAUGGGGCGAGCCGAGCAGCACUUUCGGUGGAUGCCUCCGGCUCCACUUCAGGCUACCAGCUCACCACGCCGCUGGAGGACAUGUCCUCGGAGUACACGGGCAUCAUCGGCGUGGGAACUGCCUCGGACGGCGGGGCGGAGUUCGAGGCUCGCGUUGUGUUUGACACCGGGAGCACGAACCUCUGGGUGGCAUCGGUUCUUUGCAAGGAUUCGCCCUGCGACCGCGAGGGCUCGGAGAAGUUCUACGACCCAGUUCCCUGGGCGCAAUGUAGAGGGCUUGUCCCCAUUUGCAGGGGCUUCCUCGUGAACAUUGAAGUUGCAAGGAGCGUUAUCUAG